CUCGAGUGCAGCGCCCCAAUCGAUUGGUUCUGUGCGGCGCUGCCUGCUAUUGCUGAAUCGCUGUUUGAUGUUGAGAGUGAGAGCGUGCUGUAACAGCCACAGCUUUUCAGACUUGGUGCUAUUGCUGCUGCUGCAGUCAAACGUUGAGACAGAGGGAGCAGGACUUGGGCUAACGUGAACAUGGAGAAUUGCUACCGCUUUUUAUCUGCUUGCUGGGAGAUUUAAUAAAAGUAAUCAGCCACCCACAACCAUUUGGGAUUAAUCCGUAUCAAAACCUACUGUGAUUAAAUAAAGAAGAUAAUAUUUCUCUGUGUCUACUACGACUGAAUAUUGCUUUCUAUCUGGUACUGGUAGUACCUGACUACGAUUUUUCUGUGACUCAUCAUCCUAUCUAUUGCUUGCCUUGAUCCUUCUGCAACAAAGAGAAUGAUUGACGAGGGUGGAAAAAGAGGCAAGACCAUGGCGGAGAAGAGGCAGCUUUUCAUGGAGAUGAGGGCUCAAAAUUUUGAUGUCAUCAGGCUUUCAACAUAUCGGACGGCAUGCAAACUAAGAUUUAUUCAAAAGAGAUGUAACCUUCAUCUUGUCGAUGUUUGGAACAUGAUAGAAGCCUUUCGAGAUAAUGGCCUCAACACACUGGACCACAACACGGAAAUCAACGUGUCUCGACUGGAAACCAUUAUCUCUUCCAUUUACUACCAGCUUAACAAACGACUUCCGACCACACAUCAGAUCAACGUGGAUCAAUCUAUCAGUCUUCUCCUUAACUUCAUGAUAGCUGCUUAUGACAGUGAGGGCCAAGGGAAAUUGACAGUGUUUUCUGUAAAAGCUAUGUUGUCUACAAUGUGUGGUGGAAAAAUAGUGGAUAAACUACGGUACAUAUUUUCUCAGAUUUCAGACUCCAAUGGAAUGAUGAUAUAUACAAAGUUUGAUCAGUUUUUGAGAGAAAUAUUAAAGCUCCCGACAGCUGUGUUUGAAGGCCCUUCUUUUGGAUACACAGAACAUUCAGUUCGAACGUGCUUUCCACAACAGAAAAAGAUUGUGCUGAAUGUGUUUUUAGAUGCAUUAAUGGCUGACCCACCUCCGCAGUGCCUGGUCUGGCUACCUCUCAUGCAUCGACUGGCCAAUGUGGAGAAUGUCUUCCAUCCCGUGGAAUGUUCAUAUUGUCGUAAUGAAAGCAUGAUGGGGUUUAGGUACCGAUGCCAGCAGUGCCACAAUUACCAGCUCUGCCAGAACUGCUUUUGGCGUGGUCAUGCCAGCGGUCACCACAGCAACCAACACCAGAUGAAGGAACAUUCUUCUUGGAAAUCACCUGCAAAGAAGCUCAGCCAUGCGAUAAGCAAGUCUCUUGGAUGUGUUCCAAGCAGAGAACCCUCUCAUCCUAUGUUCCCUGAACAGCCAGAAAAACCCCUCGACUUAUCGCACAUAGUCCCUUCAAGACCCUUGCCUAAUAAUAUGAAUGACACCAUGGUAAUGUCUUCCGGGGCACCUACCCCAACAAAAAGGUUGCAGCACAGCCUGGAUAUGGCCAAUCGGUUGGCUGAUGAACAUGCGUUGAUAGCCGUAUAUGUGAGCCGGCUACAGAAUGGCACACGUGUUUUGGAAAGCCCAAGCAGAUUAGAUGAAGAACACAGACUCAUCGCCAGGUAUGCAGCUAGACUGGCAGCAGAAGCUGGAAAUUCUACUCAACGCCCUCCAAUGGACUUGGGGUUUAACUUUGAUGUCAACAAGCAACAGAGACAGCUUAUUGUAGAACUGGAAAACAAAAACAGAGAGAUCCUGCAGGAAAUCCAGCGCCUGAGACUGGAGCAUGAGCAGGCCUCCCAGCCCACGCCGGAGAAAGCCCAGCAGAACCCCACACUGCUUGCUGAGCUGCGACUCCUCAGGCAGAGAAAAGAUGAACUGGAGCAGAGAAUGUCGGCACUGCAGGAGAGCAGGCGAGAGCUGAUGGUGCAGCUUGAAGGACUAAUGAAGCUGCUUAAGGACGAAGAACAAAAGCAGGCAGCUCAAGCGGCAGGCUCUCCUCGUUCCUCCCCCAGUCACGGUGCUAGUCGCCCGAUGCCAAUGCCGGUCCGCUCGACAUCAGCUGGCUCCACCCCCACACACACCCCUCAGGACUCACUGGCAGGAGUGGGGGGCGAUGUGCAGGAAGCUUUCGCGCAGGGUGCCCGGAGGAACCUUCGCAAUGACUUGUUAGUGGCAGCUGAUUCUAUCACAAACACCAUGUCCUCCUUGGUGAAAGAACUUCAUUCAGAUGAAGGUGGUGAAGACGAGGAGGAGGGGAAGAUGCAGAAUGGAAAAGACCGGGGUUAAGUAAGAAGAAACAAAACUAAACAAUUCAAGCACAGUGACCUGUACAGAGCAACCAAUCACAUUGCAGACAUAUCCUCAUCCUUGUGGACAGGCACACCAUUCAAUCAGUGAAGACACUGUCAUGUGGCUGAAAGAACAGAAACAGCUGACGGCUGAAGAAAAUUGUCUGUUUUGUCCGUUGAAGGGCUGUUAUGCACAAAUGAAAAAACAUUUUCGUUUCAAUAGCAGUUACGCAUGUAGUAUUUUUACAUUUCCUCAUUGAAAUGACCACUUGAGGCCUGAUUUUCAAAGCUGGGUACUUACGUUUAAUAAAACUCCAUUAGUAAAGCUCUGGAAAUACUUCAACAAUUUAACUGAACUAAACAAAGCAUUACAUGUAUUUUGAAAUACAAAAGCCAGACAGAGUCAUACUAAAUUGAUUAGAGUAAAUUUACUCAAAAUCCCCUUUUUGAAAAUCAGGCCCUACAGUAUGUACACAUUUCACUUACUACUGAAGCAAUAGUAGUCUUCUGUCUUUUCCUCUUAUUGCUGUACUGAUCUGUGGCCCUUUUUGCCAUGAGUAAAUGGUUUUGAGUUUAAUUUAGUAUUGCCAAAAUUAUAGAUCGCAUAGAAAAAUACACUGAAGAUGCACUGAAGAUCUAUGCACAAAUGUCCACACCAACGUUAGAAUUAAUUCCAAGCAAAAUGACAGCUGUUUAAGGAAUCUGAGCAUUUGCAUGGAAGUUAUACCAUAACUGAUGGGAAACCUGCAUCCAUUGACUGCUGUCCUAUGCGAUUGAAGUUCCAGAGGGCUUCCUACUGUACCUGUGGUUUUAAUUUCAUAACUGGCUGUUACCUCACUAGCCGAAGAAUUAGGAUGGUCACCCUGUAGUCCAGGUUUGAAAAUCUGUCUUUUUUAAAAAGGAUGUCUCUCGAUCUUACCUUGCGUGUUUCUGCACUGGAUAAUAUUGGAUUAUCGUCCAUGACGGUUCUAAGUUUUAUAUGGAUCAUAAAUAUUGUGGUUAAAAUAAGCUUUUGUUGGAAUCUAACUAUUUCCGCAAAGGUAUAGAAGUAGUUUUGAAUGUUUAAAAUAAAAAAAACUCAUCAAAAAUAUUUAUUUAUCAUUCUGCAGGAAAAAGGGGGGAUGAACCAAGCUCGCUGUAAUAAGUUGAUUGCUUUAACAGUGAUAGAUUUAAAUAAAUAAAUAAAUAAAUAUAUAUAUAUAUAUAUAUAUAUAUAUAUAUAUAUAUAUAUAUAUUCCUAUUGGUGUUUCUUGGAAACACAAUUUAGAGGCUCAGAGGUUUUGAAUUAAAAUAAUUGGAAAAAAGCAAUCUGAAAUGUUACUGUUACAGCUUAUAUUAUGUGCUCAGGGACAUAAUUGUUAUUGUUACUGAAACCUGUAGCACUAGAUUUAUGUUGAACAUACACUGAGAGGGACUAUUUUGUCAAAUUAUGCAACAGUUUGGAAAGGUUACAAAACAGUCGGGAAAUGUAUGCAAGAGUUCAAAGUGCAAAGAGAAAGUUUAAUGUUGGUUGUGGAUGCGACAUUUUUAAAGAAAACAGCUGUGGUACGUUUUGUUAAAAACAACCUGGUUGUCUGUUGAGUAUAAAUGGUAGGAGUGUACUUCUUUCUGUUCAAACACAGUGGUGAACGUAUUGGGGAGGUGUUAGAGUCAGUGAGUUAAUAUUGUGAUGAGAAAGGUACGUUAGUGAAGUUGGUUUGUGUUUAUUGCAUUUGAAAAGCACUGUAAUAUUGUGUGUGUGUUUUUUAUUAUUUUAAGUUACCUGAAACUUACCAAAAAAAAUGUUUAAAACAUGUUAUUUCUUGAAAGAAAUGGUUUGAAGAAGUCCACUGAUGUUUAUUGAAAUUGCAAUAUAUAUUUACACGAUAUGAUGUAAAAGCUGCAUGUGUCUUUUCCUAAAAAAAAAUAUAGAAAGCACUGAGCAAAGGAAGUUAAACCAACCUGCCUUGAAGUAAUUGCCUUAGCUACUGUCCCAGUGUCAGGGUCUUUGAGUUUUUAAGCUAUGUUAUUGUAAGAUUUAAAAAAAACUGUAAAUGGAGAGAACGAUGUGACUACAGGGCAUGAAAAGUGAAUUGUAAAGCCUACCAUUCAAAUGCUGUUGUAAAAUUUGGUUUAGAAUAUAAGAUUUUAUUUUUUUGUGUGUGCCAAAUUAUUUCUUCACAGUUUGCAAUUGCUGUGUAUUGUUCAGUUUUCCUCUAUUUUUUAGUCUGUAUUUUAUUUAUGAUUCUUUUAAAAAUUCAGUCUUGUGAAAUGUAAUCUUAAACUUUUUUUUUAUUUUAUUUUUUAUACAAGAACCAGUAGGUUAGUUGAAGCAGCUUUAAUUUACAAAAAAAAAAAAAAAAACUCCUACUUGAAACUGGUUUAUCCUUGAGUGAAAUAAAUACAUACAAAUUAAGUAUAGUAUGCGAUUCGUCUACGUUCGGCAACACAGGUGUCUGACCGGGAACACAGGCCAGCCAAAGCUUGUCCAAUCAUUGUCAAACGCUGUAAUAUAAUAUGCAGCACUUGUAAUUGUUCACAGUUGUAUUUCUGAACAUCAUGCUAAAUGUAUGAAUCCCCUGAGGUUCAUGUUAAAGAAUGUUUUGGUGCUAGAUGCCAUUGUUUGAUUCACUUCAUAGUCCUGAUUAGAUGUCGCCGGAUAACUGUGUUUCAUAAAUUAAUAAAAUGUGAAAGAAAAAAAGAAAGAAAAAUCAUCCCGUGCAUUACCUAUUGUGAAAUCCUUGAUUCUAUUUGAUUUCUUCUUUUAUUACCUGGAAAGCAGGUAGAAAUAGUCACUGUCUGUAAAGCUCCAAAAAGCCAUUAAUUUAAAAACAUUCUUUUUAUUUUGACAUCGAAUGUUCAGGACAAGGUGCUAGUGCAGUUAUAAGUGCUGAUGUUUCAGUCACAACCAUUACUGUUCUUACUGUUCACUUCCUUUGUAACAAAUUAUGUUGAUUACAUGCCUAAGGCACCCAUUCAUACCCUCUUACUUGCCCAUUAGGGGAUUGUGAGAAGUGUUAAUUCAUGCCUGAAUGCAUGCCUCAUACAUGUGAUCAACAUCAUAUGUUACAAAAGAACAUGAACUAAUAGGGCUGAAUUCAAAAUGAAUUACUUCAUAACUCUGAGGAAGUGCACAUGAUAUUCAGGGGUUAUUCCUAUGGUAUUCAGUCGGCCAUUACCGCAUUACUUCGAAUUAACGCCACCCUCAAAUUAACACCUCACUCACAUAGCAGCUUUUUAAUAUAUGCCACCCUCGAAUAAACGCCACUCUCAAAAAAGGAACGUAAAGGUAUUUUCCAGCAUUUAAUACAAACUAAUGUACACACACCUUAGUAAGCACAUUUGAUUUUAUGGUACAGUCUCGAAAGACAAUCCGCUGUAAGAUGAACUACUUACAGCACAGCAGUCCUUCACGUCCCUUUUUUUUUUUUUUUUCCCAAGCAGAGUUCAGUGCCAACACAGCAGGGGAUAAAACAAGGGCUGUCUGUUUACUUCGUCCUCAGCUUGGAUAGUGAAAACUUAAACUCAGGAAUUUAGAGAUUGGCCGGCCACUCUAAGCGCUGUCCGAAAGCUGCCUGAAGAUAUCUUCUUCUAGGGAGUUUAGUUGUUGUGG